GUGGUCUUUAAGCCUGCAUUAAUGCCUCCAUUUUUACGUUUGUACUCAUUCGUCCAUCGUAUGAAGAACUGAACUUAAUUAAUCCUUCGUGUCUGGAUUAACUCAAGUCGCCUCAGUGAACGUUGAAGUGUCUCUUCUCAGGCUUAGCUUGCUAGCUAGCUUAGCUUGCUAGCUGCUAACAAAGAGACACGAAAGUGAUCAACACAUCACUAAGCAGAGAUCAAGUAGGUCUGUGGAGAUCCUCUUCUCUACGAGCAACAGAAGUGGAGCUUUAGGAUGGAGCAGGAGGAGCCACAGCGCUGCCCCUUCAAAGAGGAAGAGGAGUUGACACAGACCCCUCGCCUUCAAAAUGAAGAGGCGGACCCACUGACCCUCAGCUUUAAAGAGGAGGAGGAGGAACACAGCAUCAGUCAGGAGGGAGAGCGGCUUGAACGGCUGGAGGAGUUCCCAGUGAUUCGUGUCAUUGUGAAGAGUGAAGACGAUGAUGUCAAGGGUGAAAGUGCUGAGAAGAGAGGGGCGGAGCCUCCGAGCAGCAGCUCAACUCAACAUAUCCGUGGAGGAUCACAAUCCGACGAGCUCUUAGCUCCACUAUCAGAUAGUGACACUGAUGAUGAAGGCUCUAAAGCUGAUAAGACAUGUCACACUGACAACACAUGCUUCCAAUGUUCUCACUGUGACAAAACCUUUAACCACCAUUGUCGCCUGAAAGUACACAUGAGAAUACACACCGGAGAAAAACCCUUCUCCUGCUCAGAAUGCGGGAAGUGUUUUCUACGGAAAAAUGGGUUGAAAGAACACAUGCAAACGCACACUGGUAAAAAACCUUUCAUUUGUUCAAUCUGUGGUAAAGAUUUUGUACAGAGACAUUAUUUAGAAAUACACAUGAGAAUACACACCGGGGAAAAACCUUUCUCGUGCUCAGUCUGCGGCAAAAGCUUCAUAAAAAGUCCAAGUUUGAAACUGCACAUGAGGACACACACCAAAGAAACCCCGUUCACCUGCUCCAUCUGUGGCAAAAGUUUUGUGGAAAGUAACAAUUUCAAAGUGCACAUGCGAACGCACACCGGGGAAAAACCCUUCGUCUGUUCAAUCUGCGGCAAAGGUUUUGCGCAGAGUCAACAUUUGAAAGGUCACAUGAGAAUACACACCGGCGAAAAACCCUAUUCCUGUUCGAGCUGCAACAAAAGCUUUUGCGACCGAUCGACGCUUGUGAAACACACGAGAACACACACCGGUGAGAAGGUGGUGAGUUGCAGUGUGUGCGAUGAAAGAUUCGCUUACAAGUACCAGUGUGAGAAACACAAGUGUGCUGGGGAGAACAGCGGCGGCCAAUGAAGCUGCAGGGUUUACUUUCACUUUCUAACAACAUCAGCAUUUAUACAUGCCAACCCUCCCGAUUUUCCCGGGAGACUCCCGAAUUUCAGGGCCCCUCCCGAAAAUCUCCUGGGGCAACCAUUCUCCCGAAUUUCUCCCGAUUUCCACCCGGACAACAAUAUUGGGUGCGUGCCUUAAAGGCACUGCCUUUAGCAUCCUCUACAACCUGAAAAGGAGACUAUUAUAUAUGUCUCCGUUAUCCAUAGGUUUAUCUAUAACCCACAAAGUAGCUAUUUCCCAGCGUGUGUUUAUUCUAGCCGGCACGUUAAUACACUGACACACAACAUCCGGAUUCCAAUCAUGCAUUGCUUCAAAACUACGGCAAGUAGUAAUGUCCAAAAACAUAACCGAGACGAAGCAGAAGAAGGAAGAAGAGACAUGGCGACGACGAGUAAGAAGAAGAAGUACGCUUUGAAGUUCCAAAAUGAUUGAAAAAAAUUAUUUCAGUUCAUCCAGGACAGCUGGAAGGGGAAGGGGAAUGCUGCCUGCACAUUUUGUACAUCAGACUUUUUUGUGUGUGUAUAUGUGUA